CUAGAAGUAGAGAAGUUCUUGAAGAUGAGAUUUUUAUAUCAGAAACAAGAACAUAAUUUAGCUUAGUACGUAGUACCAGUUGUGGAUUACAACAGUCUACUUCAUCAUCAUCUUCUGACUUUUUUAUGGCAUUUGUACCUCCCGAUUCUACUUGACAUCUUAAAGAAACAAGAAAAAUGGAUGGUAUCAUUCAAGGUCUCAAGGGCAUCAAGUCCAUUCAGGACGUCGUCGAUGUGGUCAAGGAUGUGGCGACGGAAGUGGCGUACUCAAACUCAUCUUAUGCUAUUGAUGUUGGCCGUGAACGAGAACUAAUACAUACAACUCAUAUUUCGUUCUUUUCGACUUCCAUUUACGAACUAGUUCUAGCCUUACCGCCGACUUUUUGUUUUAUUUUCUUUCUUUUCGGUAGUUGAAAACUUCAAACCUUGACGCAUCCCAUCCUCAGCUACGACCGAACCCCUUGUUUCGAAAAAUCAGGUACGACCAGACCCCUCUAGAGAAGAAUCUCUCAGAAGCAACAAGCAACGCCAACUGGAACGUUUCGAACACGUUGAAAUACAGUAUCGCUGAAUCUACGAGAAGCCACCACGACUUUCGGGUGAUCAUGCGACAUAUAUGGUUAUGAUGCGACACUCGCUAGAAACAGUAACAGAAGCCUGUGAUCCAAUUUCCUUUGCAUGCGUCGCAGCGGCGAUUACAACAAGAGAUACAUAGUUGACCUCUUUUGCAUGCCUGCUACAGAAAUGAGGUUAUUUGUUCUUCGGACGCUUGCAUCAAGAUUCUGAUGCUGAUCCAUGGUCAUUUCAUGCAUAUCAUUGACCUAACCUACCUUAGAAGUUGCCUCACAAUGAUCCCUGUCAUAUCAUAGUCUUUCCAUUCUGCUGCUCGUCUCCUUCCCAUCAUACCACCUCCUCCACCUUUCAUCCCCCGACUGCAUCAGUCCAGCGAAAGGACGAAAAUGGAGACAAGUUUUUAAAGCGCUGACGCUGCUCGAAUUUUUGAUAAAGAAUGGUUCGGAUCGUUGUAUUGACGAAGUCCGAGAUAACCAAUUCAAGAUUCGGGUACUUACUCUCUUCACUAGUAGCCGUUUAUAAUUACUAGAUGAAAACACAGAAACAAAGAUUGCCCUCCUUGUGCACUCCCUUCUUCAUAAAAAAUAUAGGCCGACAUACGUAUUCAUAUCCAUCUCUCAGUCCCUGAGCAGUUUCUCGCAUAUUGAAGACGGCAAGGAUCGGGGACAGGGCGUCCGGGAUUUGAGCGGCAUCAUAGUUCAGUUAGUUUCCGAUGCUAGCCUGUUGCAGGAGGAGAGACAAAAAGCCAAGGAGGCCAGGCAACGGACCCGUGGAAUUGCCACAAGCACAAUUAAGGCUUCCCCUAAUCCAUCUCCAUCUGGACCAGAAGCAAGCAUCAUCUCGAAGCGCUCCUCCCGUAGAUAAGGGGAAAAAAGGUCCGAGAUGGAUCUCAGGCUGGAUUAGAGUGAGCUCUAACGCAAUUUCCUCAGGCGGUGGAGGCGGCAAAUACAGUGGCUUUGGGAGUGACGGAUACAAGGAUCGCGACUCUGGAGGCUAUUCGACGAAGACGCCGACGAGAGAAAGGUACUUUUCUAAAUUUGAGGGUACGUGGAUGGAGACGUUGAAGAAGUUCGUUGUGUCUUACCUCACGACAGUCCAUUUCGUACAAAAGAGCAUCCAUACUUCCCCUGCAGCGGCUCCAAGCCCGAGGGCGAAGACUUCGAUCCUAAUAGGAAGAUAUCUGCAGAAAAAUCCGGAGGAGACGGGAAAGUGGGCAUCAAGAGCAACCGCAUAGCAUCGAGUAGAACGAAUAGCACGUUAUGAUGCCAAAUAGUAGAUGAAUCAUAUUUAAAAUGAGAAGAGGCUGAUCGCGAUCAUCUCCUCAGAAAUGCGCAGGGCCAAAGGUAUUGUCGAGACACACAAACGUCCCUCAUAAUCCGCUCAUAAUUUUUCCCCUUUCAUACCCGAGACCUGCAAAUAACGCUCGAGGUGCCCAGCCAUCGUCGAAAAAGGAAUCGAACCUUCUCGAUGACGAUUUCUUUCCUAGUGGAGGUAGUAAGUCCUAACUAUUUCAAGUAUCUUAAAUCUUCAACAAACAAUAACAAAAAAGUCCUGCAGGAGGAGCUCACCUAAGCCUAACAAGAACUUUAUUUCACCUCUACGAUCUCAAACAACAUCAAUCACCUAACAACUUUAUUUCGCCUCCAUGAUCUCAAACGACAUCAAGGUGCAGCAGCGAACUCGAAUAGCGGUUUCGGUGAUUUUUCUGGCGGCUUCGGAGAUUUCGCGGCGCCACCAUCUAGCGGCAAGCUAGAAGAUGACUUCUUCGGUGGAAGUGGUGGAGGCGCGUCUUCUUCUUAUGAAUGGCGGUGGAAGUCGAAGUGGUUUGGCUAACCCAUUCUGAGAAGCAUUUUUCUCUCGUUGGCUUACAAGUUCUACUCUUCUGUGGAAUUUCGUCACAUCGAUUCAUCCUGCAGGUAGAUGCAGUAUGUCUAUCAAGGGUGCACAGAAUAGAGUUUACCGUUCUCUUUUACCGUUGAAAUAGAGCCUCUUCAGAGUGCUUCAGAAGAUGGGCUAGGUUUUGACGUACCCCUGGAUCGGGUUUACUACUACUACUAGUACUACUACUAGGGUAAGCCAUAAUGUGAUGAAGAAAACGUUCUGGUUGUGCUUCCACUCCUUUCACUCCGUCUUCUUCUUAUGAAUCAUGGGGUGUAGAAGAUAACUGCAAGGUCAUUUUCCCUACACUCGUAUCUGUCUUGAUAGGUAAUCUUCUUUUUGAAGUCAUCAAAACCGUUUUUUGUCCGCCCCAUCACCUUAAGCUCUCUUAUCUUCACUUUCAUACCUCCGGAGGCUUUAUGUCUGCACCACAGACGACUUCCACUACAGCUGGUGGCUCUUUUGACGCUGGUUUUGGCGAUUUCUCUAGUGGUGGCGGCUUCACCAACUCUGCCGAUACUGGCUUUGGCGACUUCGCAUCUAGCAGUGGCGGAGCAGCCUCAAUAUUGAGCUUGAAUGCUCCUGCGGCUGCGCCAGCAUCAGGUUAUGGAAUGGUGGUUGUAAAGCUAAAGAGAAUAACGCGGUGAUAGCCUUUGUUGAUUAGGAUUAACACCCGAACACUGAUUAAGAUCUAGUACAAUCAAAAGCACACCAUAGUAUUCCGCGGAUACCCCGAUAGUAGUACUACUAGGUUUCUAGUUCUAACACCCAAGCUCCGGAGCAGGCGGCGACGGACUCCUAGACCUUCUUUCUGGCUCCAACCCUGGUAAAGUGCCUUCCCCCGGUGCUGGUGUAACGCCUACAGCAACAGCAUCGAAAACAAGGUAUUUGAUGAAGAACGAUUCGUUUCCAGCAAAGGAAGAUGUACAUUUUCACUAUUACAAAUAUCUUCUCAAGAAUUCAUUUUUAGCAGAAAGGCAGACUGCUUCUUCUAGCAUGCAAUGAAACUAUCGGCGAUUGAUGUUGCAUUUUCUCUUCCUUGAUCUCAAAAGAGGAGCAACCUUCUCCUUUCAUCAACGAAACUCAGCAAUCCAUUGCUCGACCUCGUCGAUUUUGAUAUGCCUAGUACAACGCCAGCCGCCGCAGCACCAACACCAGCUCCAGUAAAAGCGGACUCGCCAAAAAAUGCAAGUAAAACAACCGCCGCUCCGGGAAACCUUAGUGCUCUAUCAGCAGGUCCUCCAGGUAAUAUGAUGGGAGGCGCAGGAAUGCCAGGAGGUGGGAUGCAGAUGGGAGCAGGAGGAAUGCAAAUGUUAAGACUGCAAUAAAGGAGUCUGUGUAUCAUAAUGUUUUUGUUAGUUUCCUGGCUAAGGCCGCGAAGUUAGAAUAGACAAUGUAGGUAGACAGAACAGGAGAACGUUGCAAUGAGAAGGAAAGGAAGGAAAAAGACAGAGAAAGUUCGGCUCGGUUUAUUUAGUCUGCCAGAGACGUUACUCACGUCGUUAAGCAGUCGGUAUUUGAUAACUGCCGUGUCUCUAGUCGGGUCACAACGGGACCAGGCAGUUACUUGUAACUGCUACGUGGUUCAAAUGAAUGAGUGAAUAGUUUCUCCAUCAAGUUCAACUUCUCCACAUCAAUGAUUCUUCUUCUAAGCCAAGGCGGCGGAGGCAUGCAGAUGGGUGGCAUGAAUAUGAUGGGCGGUGCAGGUGGCAUCCACAUGAUGGGAGGUGGAAUGAACAACAUGGGCCCGAUGGGAGGCAUGGGUAUGAACAAUAUGGGUGGCGGCAUGCAACCCAUGGGCGGAGGCAUGAUGGGUAAUGGCAUGGGCAACGGAAUGGGCGGAAACCCAAUGAUGGCAGGUGGCGGUAACCCUAUGAUGGGUAGCAUGGGUGCGAAUCCUAUGAUGGGCAAUAUGGGUGGUGGCAAUAUGGGGAUGGGGAACAUGGGGAUGAUGGGUAAUAAUAUGGGUAUGGGAAAUGGCAUGGGUAGUGGAAACAUGAUGCAACAAAAUGCAGCAAAUGGAAACCCAUUUGGAUUUUAGUGCUGCGCUCGGUAGGUGGCUGACAAUUAAGUAGAAAGGGACAAAGAUUUUUCCUUUAAUCGAUCAAAAUUACUUUUUCGAAUACUAGCUCCUUUGGACUAGUUUUUCCUAGUUGAGGACUAAAGAGUGCUUGUUUACGUGGUUGACCACAGCACUGCAGGUACAGCAUGGAGCUUACUUUCAUAUGUCAUGUUUUCGAAAACAAUGAACUGUACUAUUGUCCGACCGGACGAGGUAAGUCUUCAUGAUCGUUGUGAACAUUUAGUACGGGCAUGAAUCCUGCUGAAGAUGUCCUCCAAAGAACAAUUAACACAUGCUAAUUUUCAUUGUCUUGUUGAAUUUGAUGAUGAAGAAGACAAAAUAUAGAAGAAGGAUUUGGUUUUACUUGAACUUGUAUGUAAAAGCUAUGAUAGUAGAUGAUUGUGUAAGAAAUGUUGCUAUUUAGAAGAACUACUUGACGACCUGUUCGAUUUGAAAUUGGCACAACUUCUACUUCUAUCUGCCGGGCGCAGCCCUAGAUGAACUUGUUGUUCGGUUUUCCGGUUCCUGCUGCCAAACAUAACAU